CUCUUAUUGUGUUUUUGUAUGUAUAAACUUUACAACAAUUAUUUUUUUUUCAUUUUAAAAAUAGUUAGUCUUUGAACAAAUUUUCCUAUAAAAUAUUUAAAAAUGGAAAAACCGCAAAAAAUGCCAAAAGUAGCAAAGGUAAAAAAUAAGGCGCCUGCUGAAACCCAAAUCACGGCAGAGCAACUUCUUAGAGAAGCUAAAGAACGUGAUUUAGAAAUAUUACCACCCCCACCCAAACAAAAAAUUUCAGACCCUGCAGAAUUAGCAGAUUACCAGCAACGAAAACGUAAACUUUUUGAAGAUAAUAUCAGAAAAAAUCGUCAAGUAGUGAGUUAUUGGAUUAAGUAUGCACAAUGGGAGGAAUCACAAAAAGAGAUUCAACGAGCACGAUCAAUAUGGGAAAGAGCGUUGGACAAUGAUCACCGUAAUAUAACAUUUUGGUUGAAGUAUGCAGAAAUGGAAAUGAAAAAUAAACAAGUAAACCAUGCGAGAAAUUUAUGGGAUCGUGCGGUUACUAUUAUGCCAAGAGUAAAUCAAUUUUGGUAUAAGUAUACAUAUAUGGAAGAGAUGUUAGAAAACGUUGCUGGUGCUCGUCAAGUAUUUGAACGUUGGAUGGAAUGGCAACCAGAAGAGCAAGCGUGGCAAACGUAUAUUAAUUUUGAGCUUCGUUAUAAAGAAAUUGAUAGAGCUAGACAAAUUUAUGAAAGAUUUGUUUAUGUUCACCCUGAUGUUAAAAAUUGGAUUAAAUACGCACGGUUCGAGGAGAACCAUGGUUUUAUAAGAAGUGCAAGAAAAAUUUAUGAACGCGCAAUUGAAUUUUUUGGGCAAGAUGUAAUCGAUGAAAACCUUUAUAUUGCGUUUGCAAAGUUUGAGGAAGGACAAAAGGAGCAUGAUCGUGCUAGAGUUAUAUAUAAAUAUGCACUUGAUCAUUUACCAAAAUCACAAACUCAUGAAGUUUACAAAUGCUAUACAAUUCACGAAAAAAAAUAUGGAGAUCGUGCUGGAAUAGAAAACGUUAUAGUGUCAAAAAGAAAACAACAGUAUGAACAAGAAGUUUUGGAAAAUCCGAACAACUACGAUGCAUGGUUCGAUUACUUACGAUUGGUGGAAAGUGAAGGGGACGUAAACUUAAUUCGUGAAACUUAUGAACGUGCUAUAGCAAAUGUACCUCCAACUAAAGAUAAAAAUCUUUGGCGUCGUUACAUUUAUCUGUGGAUAUAUUACGCUUUAUAUGAAGAACUGGAGAUUCAUGACGAAGAAAGAACUAGACAAGUAUAUAAAACUUGUUUGGAGCUAAUUCCACACAAAAUUUUCACUUUUAGCAAAAUAUGGCUUUUAUAUUCUCAAUUCGAAAUCAGAUGCAAAAAUUUGCAACAAGCACGAAAAACUUUAGGAGUGGCAAUAGGAAUGUGUCCAAGAGAUAAACUUUUUAGGGGAUACAUUGAACUUGAGAUCCAGUUAAGAGAAUUUGACAGAUGUAGAAUUUUGUACGAGAAAUUUCUUGAGUUUGGUCCAGAAAAUUGUGUAACUUGGAUGAAAUUUGCAGAGUUAGAAAAUUUGCUAGGUGAUACAGAUCGCGCCAGGGCCAUUUAUGAAUUAGCAAUCACACAACCAAGAUUAGAUAUGCCUGAACUGUUAUGGAAAGCAUAUAUAGAUUUUGAAGUACAGCAAGGGGAAGUCGAAUUAGCUAGACAACUUUAUGAACGUUUACUUGCUAGAACUCAACAUGUAAAAGUUUGGAUUUCCUAUGCAAAGUUUGAAAAAACGUGCGAAAACCAACAGGAAAUUUCUAAUGUUACAUCUGCAAGAAAAAUAUUUGAAAAAGCAAAUAAUGCACUGCGACAAAUUGGUGAAAAAGAAUCCAGAGUAAUAUUAUUGGAAGCAUGGAGAGAUUUCGAAAAAGAAAAUAAUGAUCAAGAAUUUUUGCAAAAUGUAUUAGAAAAAAUGCCCAGGAGGGUGAAAAAAAGGCAGAAAAUUGUUUCAGAAAAUGGUACAGAGGAAGGUUGGGAAGAAGUGUUUGACUAUAUCUUUCCUGAAGAUGAAAUGGCUAGACCGAAUUUGAAAUUGCUAGCGGCAGCUAAAAACUGGAAAAAGCAAAAGGCGAACACAGAAAUUGAAGAGGAAAAUAAAAUUGAAAGAAUAGAGUAGGAAGGACUUUCAAAAAUAAAUUAAAUUGUUAAAAAAAUAAACACUUAAAUACUAUAAAAUUUUAUUAUAAUUUAUAUUUGUCACAAUAUGAGGAAAAUAAAUUUUCCUUUUUUCUACUAAA